UCACUCGGGACGCGUAAAUCUGAGUGAGAGCAGAGAGGAGAGAGGAGCAGCAGCGACCUGCAGACAGAGGAGGGAGGAAGAGGAGCAGCAGCAGCGGGGCUCUGCGUGUUGGAUGUAGCUGUUUUGCGUGGGUUUGUUGCGGGGAAUGUCCGGCUCUACAACUUUGUGAAUCUGUGCUCUCAUGGUGAGAGGCGGACGCAGAGGAUGGGAGUAACCUGGUCCUCCAAAUGCCUCACACUCCUGCUGGCCCUCCUCAUAGUACCCCUGUUGCAGACGGUACUUGUCAGCGCUGGUCAAUGUGACUCGGUGUUUAAAGGUUUCUCAGACUGUCUGAUUCAGUUGGGGGACGACAUGGCCAACUAUCCCCAGGACCUGGACGACAGAGAGAACUUGCACAAGAUCUGCACAUACUGGGAUAACUUCCAUUCCUGUGCCACGACGGCACUGGCCGACUGCCAAGAGGGAGCAACGGACCUCUGGGAAAAACUGAAAAAGGAGUCCCGCAGCCUGAAUUUCCGUGGGAGUUUGUUUGAACUCUGUGGCGGAGGCAACGGAGCGCCCAGAUCCGCCGACGCCAGGGGCCUCAGCUUGCUCUUAACCGCUCUGCCUAUCAUACUGACUUGGCUGGCGUUUUAACCCAUAUGAGAAGAAACAGAAAGCAAAAGAAAUGAAACACAAGAAAAUAUGUCCAACUAAAAAAAAAAAAGAAAAAAAACCUAAGAAAAAGUGAUAGCUAAAGCUCCA